UUAAUGCCGGAGUAGAUCUGAUGGCAUGUAUUUACAGUUAUGGCUCUCUACAAGGUGAUCGGUGCGGUGGCUCUACUGACUCUCCUGACACACGAGUCUCACUCACAACUAGAUGUGUGCGGUAUAACUCCGCUCAACACCAGGAUUGUUGGAGGACAGAACGCCCCUCCGGGUAACUGGCCCUGGCAAGCCAGCCUGCAAACAUCUGGGAGCCACUUCUGUGGAGGAUCCCUCAUUAACAGUGAAUGGGUGGUGACUGCUGCUCACUGCUUCUCAAGCAUCCCAGCCAGUCUGACUGUGUCUCUGGGUCUCCAGAGUCUACAGGGACCCAACCCCAAUGGGGUGUCUCGGACGGUAACAAAGAUCAUCGUAAAUCCUAAUUAUAACGCCAUAGCUAAUGACAACGACAUCUGCCUCCUGCAGCUCUCCUCACCGGUGACCUUCACAGAUUUCAUUGUUCCGAUCUGCCUGGCAGCUCCAGGCAGCACCUUCUUCAGCGGCGUUAGCUCCUGGGUGACCGGCUUCGGCAACAUUGCACUUGGAGUUUCCCUUCCUCCCCCAGGAAACCUAAUGGAGGUGAAUGUGCCAAUCGUGGGGAACAGACAGUGUAACUGUGACUAUGGUGUGGGCCGAAUCACGAACAACAUGAUCUGUGCCGGGUUAAGUGCUGGAGGGAAGGACUCCUGUCAGGGGGAUUCAGGUGGUCCGCUGGUGAGCAAGCAGGGCAGCCGCUGGAUCUUGGGGGGAAUCGUAAGUUUUGGAGAUGGUUGUGCCAAACCUAAUCUCCCAGGAGUCUACACCAGAGUGUCCCAGUAUCAGUCCUGGAUCAACAGCCAGAUCACCAGCAGCCAGCCGGGCUUUGUCACCUUCACGUCCACUGGAACUGACAGUGAUCUCAGCAUCAGCUGUGCUGGCCUGCCACCCCUUCCAACCACCCUCCCUCCAACCACCGUCCCUCAACCUGUGUUCUGUGGCCAAGCCCCAUUGAAUAGUAUUUUGGGAGGAAGUUUGGUGGCGACGGCUGGUGUGUGGCCAUGGAUGGCGAGCCUACACUGGAAUGGAAGUCAUAUGUGUGGCGGGACUCUGGUGGCUGUUGACUCCGUGUUGAGCAACGCCGACUGCUUCUCAAGUUCACGAACACCGUCUGAAUGGACUGUGGUGUUGGGUCGGUUGAAACAGAAUGGAUCUAACCCCUUUGAGGUGACACUGAAUGUGACAAAUAUCACCCUGAGCAACCUGAAUGGGUCAAAUAUAGCAGUGCUGCAUCUGUCAACCCAACCCAACCUGUCCAACUACAUCCAGCCCAUCUGCCUUGACAACGGACUGACCUUCGCUUUGGGCUCCACGUGCUGGGCUGCUGGCUGGAACGCCGAUCAAGGAGGGGUGGAACAAGUUCUGCAGGAGUUCCAGACAUCUGUGGAAAAUUGUGGGAACGGGUCGUCAAGUGACAGCAUUUGUACCAGAACUUUAACACUGGAGAAGGGUGAUUCUGGAGGUCCGUUGAUGUGUAAGCUGGGCAGCUCUUGGUUCCAGGCAGCAGUGUUAUCAGCUAGAAACACCACAAGACAAACACGAGAUGCAGUGAUGCAAUUCCCCAAACUGAGCACCUUUCGAACCUUCCUGGCUCGUACAGUGGGGUUCUUAUCUCCACCUUCAAACUCCACCAACACCAGCGCCAGCAACAGCACCAACACAACUCUCCCCAACGGUGGUGCCACUCCUGCUCACUCCCUGGUCUUCCUCUUUUUCCAUCUCCUCGUCUUCUCGGCGUGUCUCCAACUUUUCUUAUAGAAGCCUUCAACUUUUUUGGAAGGAUUUACUGUACAUGAUGUGACAAGCACAAAUUAAUGUAAACAACCUUGAAUCUGAGAGACAAUUUAGGUCAAAGCUGCAAUAAUACUAAUGUAUGAAUUGAUUCUGGUGACAACAAGGAAUAAAGUAGUAAGGUUGAAGGGAUUAAACCAGA